UCUCACGGCCAAUUGACAACUAUCUCUCGUGGUUUGCAGGUCAAGAAAAUGGCUGAGGAAUCAUAUGAAAACGCCACUAAUGGAGGAGCAAAGAAAGAGUUUAACCCGGAUGAGAGGAUCCGCUCCGGAUUCGCUUACUUCAAGACUGAGAAAUAUGACAAAGAUCCCGAGUUGUACGAUGAGCUCGCAAAAGAUCAAAGCCCAAAGUUUUUGGUAUUCGCCUGCUCCGACUCCAGAGUGUGCCCAUCCCACAUACUUAACUUCCAAUCAGGGGAGGCUUUUCUGGUUCGUAAUAUAGCCAACAUGGUCCCUCCUUAUGACCAUAUUAAAUAUUCUGGAGCUGGGGCAUCUAUUGAAUAUGAAAUUGUCCACUUCAAGGUGGAGAAUAUUUUGGUGAUGGGGCACAGCUGCUGUGGAGGUAUAAAAGGACUCAUGUCUAUCCCUGAUGUGAUCGAAGAAUGGGUCAAAAUCUCGAUAUCAAAGGCAAAGGUAAAGAGAGAACAUGGCGACAAGGAUUUCACUGAACAAUGUACAAUAUUGGAGAAGGAGGCAGUAAAUGAAUCACUAGCCAACUUACUGACAUAUCCAUUUGUGAGGGAAGCUGUGAUGAACAAAAGCCUUGCUCUGAAAGGUGGACACUACGAUUUUGUGAAUGGUUCUUUUGAGCUCUGGGAUCUUGAUGAGUUCAACAUUAGCCAUUCCGGUUCACUCUAG